AAGUGGUUUGGACCGUUUGGUAGCUUUGUGCUUGCAACUUGCAACUUGCGAGUAGUUUUUAAAUUUACCUGCACACUCGUAACUCUUCUUCGUUGGCCAUGCGAGAUGCCUUUGCCGUCGCCCAACCAACCGCGACGGUCUUCAGAGAGCCAGCACUGCUCGGGUAGUGACGGUAGUGUGUCGCCUGAACACAUUCGGGAGAAAGACCCAGGACAGCCUGUACAAGAGCGCCAGGAUCCAGACAGCGCCAACGAGAACGGGGAAUUGGAGUUUUGUGAGGCUGUUGGACGUCCGGACCGGGAGGUUGUCCCUGGCGAGGGCGUUUCCAACGAGAUGGUUGUGCGGGUCUCCCAGCGCGCCACGCAUGUGCUGAUGAGGGGGACGAUUUGUGCAUUGAACGAUCCCCUGCGCUGUCCCUUCGGGCUGGAAGAGGGCGCUCCAGAGGCCUGCGUCAAGUUCGGCGCGGGCUACCCGCAGUGGCUGAAGGCGCACUUGGAGGCCGUCCACGGAAUGCACAGCGUCCAACUGAAUUUCGUCUGUCCGUGUCCGGCCGAGUUCAACGACGGUGCUGACUGCGAUUACGUGCAGUUCGACCCCUUCGGAGACAUUUUGCCUGACCACAUCCGCGAGCGCCACCCCGUAUACAAGGAGCGCGUCAUGGAGGCACUGUACAAACAACGCAGCAAGAAGUGUGGCGCGAAGCACCGAGAGUUCCUGCUAACGGGCAAGAGCGAGACCUUCGCGGAGGGCACGAGUAAUUGCAGUAUCCUGUGGCCCAGCCAGAUCAUCGCCGACAGGAUCGUCAUCCCCACCCGGGUUGAUAAGUAUUUACUCGAUUGUCGUCUAACUCCUCACCUUCCUCGACAAUGUUGUCCGCCAAGUUCUGCCUGGUUUUGCUCGUCUGCACGACUGGGCAAGUGCUGUACAUCUGCAAGAUCGACGCGUGUGCCGCCAAGGAGGACGGCCAUCAAAUCCCUUCCUCCUACCACAUGUUCGCGCAUUUGAUGAUGCAGCACCGCGGGCGUUGCGCGUCGCUGCCCACCCAAGUGUACCACACCUGCGCCGACCCGGAGUGCCGUG